AUGGACCCCCAGCCCCCUCCACCUGCCCAGGGCAGCCCACCGCACCGCGGGCGUGGCCGAGGCCGAGGCCGUGGCCGUGGCCGUGGCCGUGGUCGAGGCUGCGGCCGUGGAGGCGCUGGAGCCCCGCGCGCGCCCCUGCCCUGCCCGACCUGCGGCCGCCUCUUCCGCUUCCCCUACUACCUCUCCCGGCACCGGCUGAGCCACUCGGGCCUGCGCCCCCACGCCUGCCCGCUGUGCCCCAAGGCCUUCCGCCGGCCAGCCCACCUCUCGCGCCACCUGGCGCUGGCGGCCGGGCGGCAGGAGGAGAAGCAGGUGCUGCUCCAGGCCGACUGGACGCUGUUGUGUCUGCGCUGCCGCGAGGCCUUCGCCACCAAGGGCGAGCUCAAGGCGCACCCGUGUCUGCGGCCCGAGGGUGACCCGGAGGCCGAGGGCGGCCCGCCCCCGCGGCCCAAGCGCCACCAGUGUUCCAUCUGCCUCAAGGCCUUCGCCAGGCCCUGGUCGCUGUCGCGCCACCGGCUUGUCCACUCCACCGACCGGCCCUUCGUGUGCCCGGACUGCGGCCUGGCCUUCCGCCUCGCCUCCUACCUCCGCCAGCACCGCCGCGUGCACGGCGCGCUCAGCUUGUUGGCACCACUGCCCGGCAAGAAGGACGACAAAGGCUCAGGGGCGCGGACCUCGGGGAAGGGGCCCGAGGGGGGCACAGGGGCAGAGGCGGCCUCGGAGGGCGGCGAGGGCGGCCAGAACGGAGGGGACGCGGCGCCCGCUCGGCCCCCCGCGGGGGAGCCCCGCUUCUGGUGCCCCGAGUGCGGCAAGGGCUUCCGGCGCCGCGCGCACCUGCGCCAGCACGGGGUCACCCACUCGGGCGCACGGCCCUUCCAGUGCGUGCGCUGCCAGCGCGAAUUCAAGCGCCUGGCCGACCUGGCCCGGCACGCGCAGGUGCACGCGGGGGGCCCCGCGCCGCACCCCUGUCCUCGCUGCCCUCGCCGCUUCUCACGCGCCUACAGCCUCCUGCGCCACCAGCGCUGCCACCGCGCCGAGCUGGAGCGCGCGGCCGCCCUGCAGGCCCUCCAGGCCCAGGCGCCGCCGCCCUCACCCGCCCCGCUUCCCCAGCAGCCGCCGGCUGAGCAGGACCCCGGCCUGCCACUGCCCUCUGCACCCAUAAAGGAGGAGCCCCCCUCCCCAGGAGCCCCGCCCCAGUCCCCACGCGCACCCCCUGUCUUCCUCAGCGCCUCCUGCUUCGACAGCCAGGACCACUCAGCCUUCGAGAUGGAGGAAGAGGAGUCCGACAGCAAGGCCCACCUUCGCGGCCUGGGGGGCCUGGCCUCCUGA